CCAGGUCUCAUCACGCUGUAGGAUACAGGGGAUCUAGACAUUAUGGCCCCAACUAGUCUCUGCUGAAAAUAGCAUUCUGAAGUUAUUUGUUUUUAGAACCGUUUAUUUUUUUUGCUUAAACAUGCAGAACUAAGUUUUGUUUAGACAAUAUCGACCAUUUCUAGACUGAACGUAGUGCCGAUGAUAGACAGUGUUUUUAUAUUUAGAUGUAGGUCGGGCUAGCACUACUUGAUUGGCAUAGCAUAGAGCAGGAUACGUUUACAUGGAGUGAGAUGUGUUACAAAUGGAUUUGCUUACAUGUGCUCCUUCAAAUCCAAUGACGUUAGUGUGUAACACGGGGAUACCCUUUGUUUGGUAUCAUUUACAGGAGUAACAUGUUUGUGGUAGAUGGAUACUUUAUCAACUUUGUUACACACAGAUGUUGAUCGUGCUUACAAUGGAAGAGAGUCAUUUGUUACAUGCUAUCAGACGACAGGACUUUGGCGUUGCACUGAAUCUCAUUAGGUUUUCUGCAUGCCUCGAUCAGCAGAACUCCUUAGGGGAAAGUGCGCUGAUCCUGAUAACCCAGGAUGCCACUGUUCACAUGAAAGAAAGCGUAGCACGCAAAAUAUUUGACGACCUGAUUUUGUACGGGGCUGAUCCAAACUUAAUGGACACUAAGGGCAGAACUGCUCUUAUGUAUGCUACUUUGUCUCUGUCUACGACAGUUUGCUCGAACUGCGACCACAGCGUCCUCGAAGCCUUGGUGUUGAAUGGAGCCAAGGUAGACCUUAUGGACUCCAGUGGCAAGAACGUGUUUCACUUAGCUCACACUGCAGGUGACGGACGAUGCUACGACAUCCUGGUUAAAAUAGUGAAAGGUGACUAUAUGCUGGAACAUUUAAAAUUGGGGCGAGCCCAAACUGCACUCAACCACGUGGCGUCGUGCAAAAAUAUCAACGCCAGGGACGAUGAGGGCAAUACCCUGCUAUUGCUGGCGGUAAAAAACUUUUCCCUCAGCCGGCAGAGUUCUUUCAGUUUGUUGUUUAAACUCUGCGAGAAACUGGUCCUGUAUGGAGCAGAUGUCAACGCACAAAACAAAGAUGGCAUGACGCCUUUAAUGAUGCUAGUGAUGAAAAAAAUACCGUGUGACGUCACUAAACUUCUUCAGUUGUUCUUUGAUGAUGGGGCCAGUCUUCUCAUCGCUGAUAACGAAGGUAGAACGGUAAUGACCUACGCUUUGCAAAACGGCUAUAUAGCUAAUUUCUCCAACAGAAUAGUUAAAUGGCUUUUAAACAAUGGUGCCGACCCCUUGGUCAAAACAGAACAUCGCAGUGCUCUUGCCUUUUUUAUAACUGGCCUUGUUGACGUGGAUACUUGUGAUUCACCUUCAGAAUUGGAAGUAACAUGCAAAGACGUCAACAAACUAAUAACAUCCGGUGAAGAUGAUCUUCUGAGAUUUUUUCUGCUGAAUGGAGCUCUAGGGACACGGUCUAUCUCAGUGGCCGAGGUCACAACCAAGAUGACAGUUGCAGACCGUUCUAAUGAUAACUUAAGUUCCAUCUCUUCAUUUUUAUAUGCGUUGGUCAAGAAUCGCGUGGAUGUGGCCAAAUAUUUAUUUGCUAACGGUUUUCUCACAGAUCUAGACAUUAAUAUAAAACCUGGUCAUUCCCUGCAGGGUGUCCUCCCACCAGAAUCAGCAGUGCUUUUCCGAGACAUUCACUCGCAACCGUGGCCACUGGUCAAGUUGGCCUUUAUCGCCGUGUCCACUUCUCUGGGCUCAUUCCCCGAGAGAAAAGUUAAAAUAGAGUCUGUUGAGUUGCCUCUGUCUAUCAAAGAUUCGUUAAACUUUAAAAACUGUGUAGCCUUAGCGUGCAAACACCAAUGGCACAGCAUACCGAUUUAUACCAAAGACUAUGACAGAAUUGAUGCAGGGAGACCAUAUUUGUCUUACUGGCCAGUUGGACACCGGUAUUAUGAAAACGCACUUCCCUUUCCAUGUAAGACAUGUUUAGUUCAGAAAAAAUAUGUCGCUUCGAGAAAGAUUUCGAUCCAAACGAGCUUAAACUGAACAUCUAUUUUAAUUAAUCACCAAAUUUAUAUUCAUGUGGGUAUUCACCAAAGUUGUGACAAUUAUUUUUUGUUAUGCAAUGACCUUAAACAUCAUACCUAAUCUACCAAGCCCAUACGCAAUAGUUAUUCCGAAUUCUUUUGAGUAUUCCUCAGAAAAGUGUCAAUGUUUUAAAUGCUUUUUUUUUUACUUUUGCUAUUGUAUCUAGAUACGGAGGACUCUUCGAAAUACAUUUAUCAAAUCUUUAAUUAUUUUUUUUAAACUUCUGAUGCCUUUGAUAUUAAAAAAAACAAACUUUUAAGUUUCUUAGUAAGUAAAGAUGAAUAAGUUUCAAUGCAUUUGUAUUCAAAGUGUGAUAGUCAUUUAUCGAGCUUUUAAAAGCAAAUUGUAAUAACUGAAGGAUAUAAAGUCCAGGGUAUCUCGUUGUUGGCAGUAAACGCUUUCUUCGCGGCUUUUACUUUGAUAAUGGUAGUAUAACAGAGGUGCUUCAGCAAUGACACUGCCAUCAAAGGAGUUUCUUUCCCUAGUGUCACUUCUACUAACUAGAACGAGAGAUCUACCACAGCACCACACUCUAGGUCCAUAUGCAACAGUUUGAUCGAGAUUAUCUUUACUAUUUUGUGCAAUCUAUCUAUGAUGAGUUGAAAGAAGGGAGGGAUAAUAUCAAUGGGUAGACAGACUGACCCCAACAUACCGUUUCAGUAUUACAAAAGUAAAAAUGUAAUUUAUUUGACAAAAUGUAUCUAUGUAAUUUAUUUGACAAAAUGUAUCUAUGUAAUUUAUUUGACAAAAUGUAUCUAUGUAAUUUAUUUGACAAAAUGAAUCAAUCAACGAGGAUGUAAUUUUUCUCUGCCAAUUUCGUGUUUUAAAUAAUAAAUAAAAUAAUUUUAUUUUUUGGAAAUGAUAAAUUUAUGUUGUUUUUUUUUACAAAGCUUAUGUCAACUCACUAUGUCUGUCUAUAUGGUAAAAAGUUUGUACAAGUUAUGUCUCCCACACCCAAUCUCGGAAUGAAAUUUUACACAA